AUGGAUCUGCGUGACGAAGCGAAACGUCAACGUGAUAACGAUGAACUGAGACAGGACUUUGCAGAGAACGCCAAUUCCUUCCAUGUCUGGCUCACAGAGACCAGAGCGGUGAUGGUGGACAGCCAGGGAGACCUGGAGGAUCAGCUCAAAGUUAUUCAAGAGAAAUCCAAAGAAAUCCAAGAACGUAAAGAAGCAUUGUCGAUCGUUGAGGAUCUCGGAGCUCAGAUGGAAGAGGCGCUUAUUCUUGAUAACAAGUAAGUGGAUGAAAUAUGGAAGGAUUCUACUGGUCACUGUUUUGCGAGCGAGAUGCCAUUCCUGUAAUAUGCAACUGUCUGAUUUUAAUUUCACUUGGACAGUCGCGUGUGAGAAGAUUGCUUCCAGUUUUACUCAAUUAAACACAGCAGAUUUUCUGUGGGUACUCCGGCUUCCUUCUGUUGUGACAAUAGAUUAAUUAAGGGUGAGUCAGGAAGAACAGUUUAGAACUGAUACAGCCAUUUUCGUCCAAGCACAAACCGCAAACAUUUUCGCGCGUUUGUUUACGUUUGAAACGGGGCGUUUACCGUUGGAAACUGAAAUGUUUCACCGCUCAUGUGACGUGCACAUUGAAAAGCCUUAAGCUAUUUUUGGCGCAACUGUCAUGUUUUGAUGUGCCUCCGUGCACGUUUCAAUAUGUCCAAGCCCAUGAUAAUACAUUUUAGUCACAAAAAGUAUGAAUAUAAACAAGUUUGGUCGCUCUUACAAUAUCGUGAGCUUGGAAAUACUGAAAAGUACACGAAAGCACAUCAAAACAUGAAAAAUAACUGAAUUAGGCUUUUCACUAUAACACGUCGCAUGAGCAGUGAAACAUUCCGUUUCCAACGGUAAACGCCACGUUUCAAACGUAAACAAACGCGCGAAAAUGUUUGCGGUUUGUGCUUGGACGAAAAUGGCUGUAGAGCUACCCAGUAUAAAUAAAGUUAGUUUAGUUCAGGUUUCCUCCUGUAGUAACACUGGGACAAUAAGAGAUGAUCCUUACUAGACCUCUAUAAGGAGAACAGUUUAGAACUAAAUCAACUAAUAGAAUAAAUAAAGUUAGUUUAGUUUAGGUUUCCUCCUGUAGUAACACUGGAUUAGUAAGAGGUGAUCCUUGCUGGACCUCUAGUAAGAACAGUUUAGAACUGAUAGAGCUAUCCAGUAUAAAUAAAGUUAGUUUAGUUUAGGUUUCCUCCUGUAGUAGCACUGGAUCAAUAAGAAAUGACCCUUACUGGACCUCUAGUAAGAACUGAUAGAGCUAUCCAAGUAAUGUUUAUAACUAUUGCUGAAUGGGGUUGAAACAGCCUUGGAUGCAAAAAUAUCCAUGUAUGUAAUGAUGUGAUAUUUAUUACUAGGUACACUGAGCAUUCAACAGUUGGUUUGGCUCAGCAAUGGGAUCAAUUGGAUCAACUCGCCAUGAGAAUGAGACACAAUCUGGAACAACAAAUACAGGCACGUAAGAUGACAGGUGUACCUGAGGAAACUCUCAAGGAAUUCGCCGCCAACUUCAGGUAAGUUUUGAUGAUACGGUAGAACCAUCCUACAGUAUCUUGAAAUAUUUUAGGGAAACGAACAACGGAACAAUACGUCGAGAUACUGGAGGAAUUCUUGAUAGCCGGGGACUAUCCAUCUCUACCAUCAUUGCCAUCACCACCACUAUCGUCAUCAUCAUCACCACCAUUUUUAAUAAUAAUAAUAAUAAUGAUUUAUUAUCAGAGAGUAUCCACUAAAAAAGGCUCUUCAUCUGAUAAAAUUACAUUAAAUUUACACUAACUAUAUUGAUGAUCUAUAAUGCUAAUCCUAAUGUUCAAAAAUAUUUACAAUGAUUUAUGAUUAAAAUAUUUACAAUGAUUUAUGAUUAAAAUAUUUACAAUGAAGAGACAGCACGCUCUUGAAGGACGUUUUUACAGAGAGCUCAAUAUUGUUUGUAGUCCAAACAGUUUCUUAUCUCAGUUGGCAUCAUUUUUUGACAAAACUAUACUUCAUUCAUUUUUUCUCCACAUGCAGGCAUUUCGACAAGAAUAAAUCUCAGUUCUUGGACCACCAAGAGUUCAAGUCAUGCUUACGUUCACUUGGUUAUGAUCUGCCACUCAUUGAAGAAGGACUACCUGAACCUGAGUUUGAAGCUAUACUCAAGACUGUUGAUCCGAACGGGUAAGUAGCGUGGCAUAGCCUUGUUUACAACUGAUCUUUUAAUACAUGCAGAGUGUUCGUGUUGUAUAAGAUCACUUGUGAUACGUAUUCUUCAAUAACCUGAAAGGGAUGAUAUUUGGUGAGAAAAAUGAACUUAAAUUUUUUUGUAAAUCAGCAGGGGCUUCCUCCUUUGUGUUUUGUUCAUGAAUUAUUAAUAAGAAUGGACGACUUGCGCUUUAGAAACAUUUUUAAUCUGGGAAUAACAAAGGAAAGAAGUUAUCAAAAUUAGAAAGACUGCAAAAUUUGGUUGCGAAAUGUUGUAAAAUACGGAAAAUAUAGCCCUGCGAAGUUGGCAAAUUUGUAUACAUUUCUAUUACGUGCGGUCGUGCGGAAAUUGGUAGCUAAUUUAGUUACCAAUUCACGCACGUAAUACAAAAGUAUACAAAUUUGCCAACUUUGAAGGGCUAUAUUUUCCGUAUUUUACAACAUUUCGCAACCAAACUUUGUAAUAUUACUAAUUCCAAGACGCUCUUUCUAGCUGUGGUGAUAGAUUUCGUUGUUCUUACUUAGAUUAAAAUUUAGUCUAAAUCGCAAGUCGUCCAUUACAAGGCAUUUUCUCUCCAAUAACUUCACCAACACUAUCCCUGGGGGCGGUGGCGUCAGAGGAAGCGCGUUUCACCUCUGAGAUCGUGGGUUUGAUUCUCGCUACGGACUCAUGCAUGACACUUAUGUGAAAAGAGUCAGUCAACGCUCUACCGAAAGUCGUGGGUUUUCUCUACCGAAAGUCGUGGGUUUUCUCCACCGAAAGUCGUGGGUUUUCUCCGGGUACUCCGUUUCCUCCCACAGGGAAAGUUGACAGGGUGGGUUGGGAUUAUCCCCCUAACUGACCCUUCCACCGUAGCUCUGUUCAUUUCAAAACUGUGGGGAACAAAACUUCAGACGUGAAUAGACCUUUCCCCUUAUGAGUGAAAUUUUGAUCUAGAUAUGCCUGGACAAAAAUUUCAUCACAGCUUGAAAGAGCAUCACAAAAUUAGUAAUAUUCCGAAGUUUCGUUGCGAAAUGUUGUAAAAUGCGGAUGAUAUAGCCUUGCGAAGUUUGCCGUUUUUCAGUCAUUUUGUAUAACGCACGGGAAAUUGAUAAUCUGAUAAUGAUAAUGAUCAAACCAUAAAUCAAACUCAUCAAUUUCCCAUUUCUAAUACAAGAUAACUGAAAAAUGGCAAACCACGCAAGGCUAUAUAAUCCGCAUUUUACAACAUUUCGCAACGAAACUUCGGGAUGUUACUAAUUUUGUGAUGCUCUUUCAAGCUGUGAUGAAAUCUUUGUCCAGACUUGUCUAGAUAAAAAUUUCACUCAAAAAGGGAAAGGUCUAUUGUGGAAAAUAUCUUCAUGUUUUUAAAGCAGCUGUUGGAAUGAUUGCUUUGAAAGUUUCGUUAACCUAGGAUUAAUUGCUAACCAGCUUUUGAACAACCGACUUCAGAACUAUUUAUCCUAAUUCAAAAUGUAUAUUUCGUACUUUCUAGCGAUGGUGUGGUAUCUCUGAGUGAAUAUAUGGCCUUCAUGAUCAGCCGUGAGACAGAAAAUGUUCAUUCCAGUAAGGAUGUCGAAGAUGCAUUCAAAGCUUUGACAGAAGGAGCUGACAAAGACUUUGUUACUGAACAAGAAUUGUAUCAGGUAUUUAUGUUUUCCGGAGGGAAACAUCAAAAUUUAGUGGGAAUGAGCCUCGUACAUGUGGAAACCCUACCCUAUUGGUGGUUUGCAAUCAAUUCCUUCAAAUUUAUAACACAAAAAUAUGGAGGCCAUUUUGGAAGAAAACACGCUCCUAAUACAAUAGCUGCUAGUGAUAUUCUUUUGUUAGCUUUCAUGUUUUUAUACUGGAUGAAAUAAGUACCACGUCAUUUCAAUUGGCAAUUCCAGCUUUUAAUUUAUGCGUGCAGGGGGUGACGGGAAGUAAGGUAUCAUGUUGCUGAUUAUGUUGAAAAAUUUCAAUUUAAACUGCCGAAACAACCGAAAUAUUUCAAUAUUUACAAGUAUAAGCUAUCAUUUCGUGUUUACACGGCCGCCAUUUUUAUUUAUUCAACAUGAUCAGCAAUAUGAUACCUUACUUCCCAUCACCCCCUGCACGCAUAAACUAAAAGCUGGAAUUGCCUAUUCAAUAUUCCAACUUGUUCAAAUUAUUGAAACGAGAUGAAAAGAAUUUCAGCACUUUUGGGAAUAGGAUGUUUAAACUAAUUUCUCUUUCUAGUCGUUGUCUCGGCCUCAAGCAGAGUACUGCAUCCAACAUAUGAAACCUUACGUCGACAGCCGUGGCCGGGAGGUGCCGAAUGCUUACGAUUACAAGACGUUCUGUUCCGACUUGUUUGCGAACUAG